ACAUUAGAGUUAGAGGAAGAGAUGCUGAACCGAUCAACUACAUAUUGUACUUAUCUUCAUAUUGUAGUAUAUGUUAUGUCUGCCUAUAUUUUGUUCCGAUACCUUAUUAGAAAAUUGACGGUUUUAUUCUUCUUGAACCAUCGUCAUUGGUUUUUAGGUUAAGAAACCGUGUUAGUUGUGUGAGUAGGGCUGGAAAUUCACUUAUAUGUCAUUACUCGAUUGGAUUAACAUAAUCGGAGGGAUAAAAUCUGAAGAAACUAUGUUAUAAAAUUAAAGAGAAGAAAGUAUGCUUCGAUAAAAGUCAUUGGUCAAUGGUUUAUGGUUAUGUAGAAAGCCUGAGACCAGUUCAGUGUCGUGAAUUGUGACUCAUUCCUUGAUUCCUUCCCGCCAAAAUUCCCUCUCCGGAGCUGAAAUCAAAACCGCGAAGAAAGAUCAGACGGUGGUAGAGAUAGAGAUACCAUUCUCUGAUGGAUACAUCUCUCUGCAACACCCACGUAAAGCUUCUUGCUUUCGACCUACUCUCUCUCACGCAAACCCCUUCUUUUUCCUCGUCGGACCCAAUCUCCUUCUCUCGCCGAGGCGUCGCACUCUCACGCGCUGAGGUCCUUGGCGUCGUGACUUCCCUGGAGCAUAAGCCUGACAGGUUUCUCAAGUUCACUAUCGACGAUGGCACCGGCUGUGUCCCUUGCAUCCUCUGGCUGAACCAGCUUCACUCCACUUACUUCUCGCGCCGAGACCCAGCAGGUGUUCGAUUAAUUGCCGCAGCCGCGAAACACUUUGCUUCGUUGAUCAAAAUUGGGGUUGUGGCCAGAGUGCGCGGCAGGAUCACGAGCUAUAGAGGGUCGGUACAGAUAACUGCGUCGGAUGUGGUGGUGGAGAGGGAUCCCAAUAUGGAGAUCUUGCACUGGUUGGACUGUGUUAGGCUUGCCCGAAAGUGCUAUGAUGUGGCUCCCCAAUGCAGGAAGCCAUUUUAAAGAUAUCCUUUAACCAUCCAAUGGCCACAACGACCAUGGUCAUUAUUGUGCCACAAUCGGCAUCAAAGUUCAAACAGAUAUUUUGAGGCAAACCAGUUAAUCCAGAUGAAGCAAGCUAGCUGUCGUUAUGGCUGGAAAGUGGAAGGUUAGAUAGAGAUGAUGAGAUACUAACAAAGGCUUGAUGAUUUGAUGGCCAAAAUGAAGGGUGAUCAAAGCUAUGACAACAUAAGAGGCAAGAAGGACAGUGACAUGAUCUUCCUCCAGGUCAAUGAAAUGAAAGCGAAAAUGAAGCCAGAAAGUGUUGGCGGUGAAAAAAAAAAACCAUUGUUCUUGCCCAAGUGAAUACCUUUCACAUCAAUACAAACACGUCGAUUGCUUUCACUUUUCAACUAUGGAUGUUGGGGUAAAAGAGUCAUAUUUUGUCUACUUACCGAUUGUAUUAUGGUUGAUUCCUGAUUUACGUUACUCUUUUUUGUUU